AUGUCGACCGCGUACGCCGCCCAAAGUAACCUGCCCACCAUCCUCGGGGUCCUGACCCCCUUCUUCUUUCUGGCCGUUGUCGUAGUUGGGCUGCGGGUUUACAGCCGGCUCCGCAUCGCACAAGCUGCUGGCAUUGAUGACAUCCUCAUCGUUCUUGCAGUGUUGGGACAAUGGAUCGUCAUUGUGAUCCAGGCUCACCACGGACUGGGCCGGCACCAGUCGACCCUCUCUGAGGAGGAGCUGACGAUCUUCAACCAUGCCAGCUUCUGGGGCAAUGUGAUUGGGAUUGCCAUCGGCACCAUGUUCCUCAAGCUCUCGAUCGCGGUGAAUCUGCUGCGGGUGUGUCAGAACCGCUGGUUCACAGUGGUGCUGUGGGUUUUGAUUGUCAUCGUCAUUGUUUACGAGCUGGUCGGAACCCUCUUCUUUUUCCUCAAUUGUCGUCCCAUGGCCGGGUCCUGGGAUUUGACCAUCGACGCCAAAUGCACUUCCACCAGGGUGAUCGUAAUUGUCGGGCUUAUUAAUACAAGUUUCAACAUUUUCACAGAUGUUGCCCUUGCUGUCGUCCCGAUUCCCAUCAUUUGGCGCCUGAAUAUGAAGCGAUCGGUGCGUCUGUACCUGGUUGGCAUUCUCAGUCUGGGAUACCUCGUUGUUGCGAUGGACCUUGUCAAGACUUAUUACCAAGAGACAUACACAGCCACAACAGACGAAACAUAUCUGGAAGAUUGCGUCGGCAUGAUCGCCGCUUCGGUCCCUAUGCUCAGGCCACUAGUUGGCAAGGCACUCGGGCUUGGACCGCCCGACACCUACUAUCCCUAUGGCAGCACCCCGAAUGAUGCACCGGCCGCGACGUAUAUGAGCUCGACGAGCGCGAGACAAACAGUGAAGGUGGCACGUUAA